AUGUGGAUCAAUCCAUUCAGAAACCCCAAAACCACCGGGGAAAGUUCAUCUUCCAAAAGCGAUGGCGGCCCAACAACGAACGAGGAUGCUCUACACACUUCUUCUAUUCCCUCAAGCAUGCCUGCAAUUCUUAGAGACAAGAUUGAAUCCCAGAACGAUGCUUUCCCCGUCCAAUAUUAUAACUGCACGAUGCAUCCCAAUCGCGAGGAAGCCGCUGUAUUCAAGGAUUCGUGCUCGUAUAUCUCUGGAAGAUGGACGUUCAACAAUCUCCCGGAACUUGGCGUCGCGCCUUUUCCUUAUAAACCUAUACUAGAGAUUGUGCGGGAUCCACCACCAGUUGAACAGAUACCAAAGAAUCUUGUGGUUCAAACGGGUACUUGUUGCUGCGCUCUUCAAAGUAAUCUUGGGCACGGAGACCUGUAUCGAAUGCGCCUACGCCAGACAGACAUGUACCUUGGUGAGCACGGCGAGUGGUUGGAAGAAUCGUCUAGAGGGCUAAUAUGGAAUCAGGGUGGCUUCAACGCAUUUGAACAAGGUACUGCUUUGACACAAGCACGUGAACUUGCAAGAAAAGCGAUUCAGACUGGAAAAGAUGAAUACCCCAUUAGAUUUGCUCUCAAUGCGAUGCAAGCCGCAGCGGGAGAAUACUUGGCUGUAAUCUGGAGCCAGGGGAGUCUAUAUGACUUGAUCGCAGUCCAGUGCCUCUAUAACUCAUCGAGGGCAAGCGGGCCCACGAGCUCCAAGACGACAAAGAAGAAGACGAAGAAGCCGAAGGGCGAGGACGGAAAGCGAAUCCAAAAACGGACCGGCAAAGACGUUGACAAGUCACAGCUUCUCAAUCAAGGCACCGGCUUGGCGAUGGCGCGUAACGUCAUGAUCCGGGAGAUGUUGACCUGCAAUAGAAAGAUCUCGGAGACACUUCAAAAGAAUAAUGAGAUCUCGGGAACGCUUUGGAAAACAAAGAAGAGUUCGGAGAUGCUUGAGAUCUCGAAGACGCUUCAGAAAAACAAUGAGAUCUUGAAGAAGCUCCUUCACAGCCCUACAGAAGAGGAUGAGCGGCAUGAUCCUACCCACUUCCAAGGCUGA